CGUCGAGACGAAUGUUCUGCGCUGGGAGCGCAUCGCAGUUCUUUCUGCAGGUGGAGUGACAGGCACCCAAGAAAUGGGGAAGUUCCGCAAGAAGAAGGUAGAGAAGUCCGCGAAAGACUUGAUAGCGAAAGCUGAGAGUUGCCUCGAGGAGGGAAACUUCAAUGGAGCCCUCAAACAUUUCACCGCCUCUCUGCGGAAAGAACCGAGUGCGGAGGUGAUGUUCUCUCUGGCGGGUUGUUUACUCGAACUCGACAGACCCCAAGAAGCAAAAAGACAUCUAAAACGAUCGUGUGAACUCGCACCGGAUAGUCAGCCUGACAAAUGGCUCUCUUUGGCAGAACUCGAAGAGGGAAAGGAGAGCCUAAGAUGUCUCCGGAAAGCUAUUGAAAUCUUGGAACGAGAGCUUCAACAACCAGUCGCCAUGGAGGAGGAAGACAAAGAAAACCCAGAAAAGUCUACUCUACGAAAAUUAUCAAAUGUUCAUGUUUGUGUUAGUGAAUUGUAUACCACAGAUCUCUGCGAUGAGCCCGAAGCCGAAGAGAUGGUCGUCUCCUCGAUCCGCACGGCAAUUGAGAGAGAUUCGCAGAAUCCUGAAGCUUUCCAAGCCAAAGCUGCCUACCAUGUUAUCAAAGAAGAGUUCGAUAUGGCCAAACAGGAAAUGAAGAGGUCGCUGGAUCUCUGGUUGCCGCAAUUCGAGAGGCUUGUCGAAGGCGCAGAAGAGUUAGCGGAUCAGAUACCCCCAUUCAAUUCGCGUCUCACCGGUACGAAGCUCCUUCUCGAGUUGGAAAUGUACGACGAAGCCAUCAAUGUUCUCGACUGUCUGGUGCUGGAAGACGAAGAGUGUGUCGACGUCUGGUACCUUCUGGGAUGGACGAAUUUCUUGAAGGGUGCCGACUACCUUGGAAAUGCAAAAUUCUAUCUAGAGAAGGCUAAGAAAGUCGCCGACAAAUAUGAAUGUGAUGACGAGAAGAUGGUGGCUCACAUCGAUGAGUUAUUAGGUGAGCUGCAAGAAGUCAAGGCAGACGAAGACGACGGCGACGAGGACGGCGAUGAAACCGAGGAGGAUUCAGACAUUGAGGACAACUGAGUGCAAUGUAGUCCUGCGUGACGAAUCAAUAAAGAAUCACCUCCAA